CCCCCCCCCCCCCCACAAUUAACAGAAACACUUGAGUAUUUCAGUUCUUAUCUGUCAAUGAUUAACAAAUUGAAAAAUGGGCGAUCAAAUUGAGAGUCUAGAGGAGCGAUUGAAGAGUUUCUUGGGCCAUCUCAAAGCAGAGCAUGGAAUUUUUGAAAGAAUUGUGUACAAAAACAAGAACCAGCAUAGAAGAAGCUCUUACUUUCAGUAUCUUCUAAAGGUGAGAAGGGAUUUGAGGCUUUUGCAAUCAGCUAAGUUGGAGGAGCUACUGACUUCCUGCUUUCAUGUUAUCACUGGAAAGAAACCUAAACAAAAGGUGCAUCUUUUAGAAAGUUUGAAGUGGGGAAAAUGUGAUGGUAGAAUGCCUAAUUUUAUGGAUAGAGUUCUAGGAGCUGCACGCUUACUAUCGCAGAUGGUUGAGCCAAUGCUGAAGGCAGCUACUGAGAUAUUAUUUGACGUUGUUUCAGUAUUCAACAUGGUCUCUUCUCUCUCCCAAAAGAAGCAAUCAGUAAAAAUAACUCAGGAAGGAAUUGAGGUUUUUAGGGAGUACUAUCCAUCAAACAAGGAAUUUGUCACUUUAGAGUGUUUAUGGAAGAGAGAUAAAUUCAUAUUGCUUGAGAGAACACAUAAAAGUAACACAGAAGCUCAAGAUGUGGAUCUUGGAAACGCUUCUGUUAAAACAUCCGCUCUUCUGUAUAAGAGUAUUGAGUCGUUUCUUGGAGAUGAUUCUGACACUGAGAACUUGAAAGAGGAUUGCACUGUUGAAGAAGGUCGUAUUCCUUGUAUCAAAGAAGAUAAGAAGGAUUUAUUUGCUGAACCUUCUAUAGAAAAUGAGAACAGGAUGGAGGUUGAAGGUGGUGUUGACGUUGAACUGAGACAUAAUCCAGCUGAUGGGGGAACUACAGAAGAAAAACUCCCUCCAGAAGGCAGCCUGCUUUCAACCUCAACUUCACCUUCAACCGCAAAAACUUUGACACCAAAGUCUGUUGCAAAAUCUGUGGGAUUUAUCUCGAUUAAAAGACCUGCAACCUCAGAAGCGGCAUUUAUCUCAGUUAAAAGACCCACAGCCUCUACUGCAAGUGUAACAGAUCUUCAUUUUGAGGAAGAUGAAAAGGACAGUAGCAACAAAGAAGAUUCGUUUUUCAAUUUGCUCACUGGGGGAAACCUUAAAGAUAGUCUGUUCUGAUGGUUUUUUGGAAAUCCUAAAGAUGUCAUUUAUAUCUAGUACUUUGUCUUUUCACUUCCUACACACAUGUAACUGCUAUGCAAUUGGAAAAACAAUGCCAAAGUUUUGCUUCGAACUAAUUCAGAUUUACUAAUAGGGUUUGUUUAUUUAUUUAUUUAUUUAUUUUUAUUUGAGAUUAAA